GUCAGUCGUCUCAUCGGCCCAAGAGACCGAGGAAAUCCCGACUGCCGAGAUGCUGCGGAAAAGCACCGAAAGGUGAUGAGGAACCGCUUAAUAUCGACUGCUCCAGAGAAGUUCAGGUUAGCUCCACAACUCAGAUCGUUGAUGAAUGGGACUCAGACAUGCUGAAUGUGGGUGGACCAAAAGGGCCAUACGUUGUCGCUGAUGCCAACGAACGACUUCACGAUGUCAAUCAGUGGGUCGACACAGAGCAGAAGCAUGUACAGGUUUUUUCAUCGGUGACGGAGCCAGUGCCAGUGGUGGAUCUUGAUGCCAGGGCCGAUGCGCUUGCCGGAGGCAACAGUCUACCUGUGCCACAAGCAUUCGAGGCAACAGAGUCCUCUCGAAGGCCAAGCAGCGACAAGUUGCAGGUCAAGGAGGAUUUUGAGACCCCAACAGGCAUAGAGCUUGUGAGAGCGAAUCUGCUCAGUUGCAUGCUCAAAGAUGCUGAACUGUCUUUGUCUGACAUUCUGCAAGCAAAGGUGGCUGCUAUACGGGCUAUGGUGGAGGCUACGGCGUCCUACCGCUUUGAAAAUGCCAAGCAGCUGAAGCAGUUGCGUGAUAGUCUGAGUAAAGAGCAGACUGCCAUGUGGGCUCGCUUGACUCGACUCAAGCAGCUCCACGAGCAAAUCGUUGCUCGUGUUGCCGAGGCAGUGGAGGCUGAGGACUUCGGCAAGGCGGAGGAGGUGUACCAACUCCAACGCUUGGCGGAGGACUCGGUGAUGUGUCGGCGAUUUGGGGUGCAGAGAAUUUUCGGAGUUCAGGUUGUCCCCCCCGCAGCACUGACCGCAGAACAUGUGCAGAUUGGCGGUAGUAUGUGGUAG